AGGUUUGCUGCAUAUACUCCAGUCCCAGGCAGCGUAGCAGAGAGUGAAGUGAAGAAGAUGGGCGGCGUAAGAGCAGAGAAAGAGCACCUUAACCUAAUCCUCGGUUCCCACCUCACCACAAUCCAUGACACCCUUCAGGUUUUGGAUCAAACUGCAUCUUCUGCUUUUGAAAAAGUGAGCUGGGAAGAUGUCAUUAAGAUGGCUGAUCAAGUCUCUAAACAGGCUACCACAGUUGGAAUGAUUUGGACUGGAGACAUGCCAGAGUCCAAAGCAGUUGAGGAAAGUAUGGCAUCAUACUUCAACACUCUUCAAGGUUUCCUUUUGCUUUCCCAUGGCUGUACAGUAGGGGCAGGACCCACCUUGUCUUCCUGUAUUCAUGUGUCUGUGAAGCAAGUUGUUGAUUCCAGCUUCAGGAUGAUGAAGGAAACUGUCUCUUUAUAUGGAACCCGUAGUGAAAGCCAGAAACUAUCAGUUCCACAACUGGUUGGUGCUGUAUGGGAAGCAUGUUCUGCCCUUAAAAAGACUCCUUCAACAAAUAUUACGGCAAUUGGGCGAGAAAUGACACGGGUUGCGGUUUCAGUAAAGGACGUCCUGCGUGAGAUGAAAGAGUUGAAGCCAGGUUCGUCUGAUGAUUCAGGUGACAAAGCUGUAGGUGAGAGUUGUGCAGAAACAGAGUCUGAGCCACAUGAUGAUAAUUCAAGUGAAGGUGAUGAUGAUAUAGGGAAUGACUUGUCACCUGAAGAGAUGAAAGUGGCUGAAAGAGCUAUUGCAGUUGUGUCCGACACUCUUUCGGUCGUAAAAGAACUUAUUCGCUCCAUCACAGGCCUGAUUAAGCUAGAAAAACCAAGUGACAACAGCGAGUUUGUAAAUUCACUGGAAAAACUGUUGCAGCUUUGUCAAGAACUUGGUAAACAGAUUGAUGAGAUUGGAGCUUGCCUCUAUCCCCCGCAAGAGAUUCCUUCCAUAAACGCAGCUCUAGAGAAAAUCCACAGCACUAUUGAUGUUGUACAAGUGGAGGUAGCAGCACUUCAAGGUACAUCAGAUGUAUUUCUGGAGGCAUGCAAUGCUUUGAGGAGCUCGCUGAGACAACUUGUGUCUGAACUAAGUAGCUCUAGUAUUGCUGAUUUAGAAUCCAAAGUGGAAAAUAUUACAUUAACCAAUAAUUAGACUGUGAUGAGUGCACUUAUAUUUGACCAUGCAGAAUUUAUGAAAAUAUAUUUUGAAUUGUAAUUUUACAUA